CAUCCUCCUUGGGGGAGGGAUGCUGAUUUAGCCUCUUCUUCUCCCCAGAAACCCCACGAUCCGGCCACUGUGGAUGAAGUCCUGCACCCACUGGAUGAAGACGACACAGGGACAGUAGAAUUCAAGGAAUUCUUGGUCUUGGUGUUUAAAGUCGCCCUGGCCUGUUUCAAGACACUGAGUGAGAGUCCUGAGGGAGCGUGUGGCUCUCAGAAAUCUGGAAGCGGCACUCCUGCGGCCUCCCAAGAGCCAGGAGGACAGAGAAGUGGCACUGCAGUGGGAAGGGCUGAGAAGAGACAAGGAGAUGAGGGGAGAAGCAGCACACAGAGUGAGCAGGCUUCCAGGGGACAGGGCGGGCCUGGGUCUCAGACCCCAGGUCAGUACAUCAGCUCUGCUCAGGUCAGUCGUCGGGACAGGCAGUCUGAGUCCCAGAGACAGGAGGGAGCCAGCCAGCAGAUGCAAGCAAGGGGCCAUGUACAGCAGACCCAGAGAGUGCGAGAAGACAAGAGUCCUCAGACCAGAGAGAGGCGGGCGGAGAUGCAGUCACAGACCAGGGCAGACAGAGCCCACCGGACAAGUGGGACUGUCACUGGAACGAUACCUCAGACCCAGACAGGUGCCACGCAGACCGUGGAGCAGGACAGGAGCCAUCAGACAGGAAGCGCCAGCAUCCAGCCACGGGAGUCCACAGAGGAAGAGACCCACAGCCAAGGCAAGAGUCAGACAAGCCAAGUGGUGACAGAAGGACACAUUCAGACACAGGCAGGGUCACAAACCCAGACACACACCCAGACUAUGGAGCAGGACAGGAGCCAUCAGACAGGAAGCGCCAGCAUCCAGCCACAGGAGUCCACCUGUGGCCAGACCAGAGAGACUGAGACCCACGGUCAAGACAGGCAUCAGACAAGCCUUGUGACAGGAGGACACAUUCAGACACAGGGAGGUGCCACCCAGGCUGUGGAGCAGGAGAGGAGCCAGACUGCAAGCCACACAGGGGCUAGAGAACAGAGCCAGACUCAGAAGCAGUCAGGCAGUGGUCAAAGAUGGACACAAGUGAUCAACUAGGAGGCAGGAGAGACAGUGCUGGGAGGACAGGCCCAGACUGGGGCAAGCACUGUGACAGGUGGACAGGACCGGAGCAGCACUCUCCCACCGUGCAGUGUGACAGGAGGGCAGGGAGAGAGUGAGCCCACCGUGGUUAAACGGGAGUGGGUUGAUGACCACACGAGGGAGAUAGUGAUCCAAAGGCAGGACCAGGGCAGCCUGCACACCAGUGUGCCUUCAGCACAAGGCCAGGCAGUGGCCCUGGAAGGCAAGCGAGGCCUCACAGCCAGAGGGCUGUAUUCCUACUUCAGAAGCAGCAAGCCAUGAAUGCCCCAGCGCUGGGGGAAGAGCGGAGAGUGGCUGGCUUGCUGUGCUCUGGCCAAGUCCAGUUAGCAGGUGCCUGGACAUUAGCUCUUCAUCGUGGUGCUUCUCUCUUAGGUCUUUCUCAGUGAGACCAUUUCUGCAAGGUGCUUUCUAUCCUAAGCUCUUCUCUCUUACCUGCUUUGCUGUGCAGACCCUCUCAGGAGCAAGAAGACAUAGAACAAGUCAUCCCUUUGUGCCAAGUUUUCCUCAGCUUCUGGGGGUUUUCAGAGCUACUUUUAUUUCUGCCAUCUGUCCAUUGCCCCAUCUAUCCUAAUGCAUCAAUAAAACCUUCCUAAGCAACUGAGCUUUGUGUCCCAUUCAAUCACUACUGACAUGGUGGGCUAAGGGCUACAGGGCUUUGAUGAUGAACCGGACGUGGUCCCCACCCUUGAAGAGCAUCUGGUUGAGUAAACACUGUGCAAGAUUCCAAGAGUUGUGCAGCCACUAUGGAAAACAGUAUGGCGAUUCCUUGAAAAACUAAAAAUAGAGUUACCAUAUGAUCCAACAAUCCCACUCCUGGGCAUAUAUCCAGGAAAAGACAAAAGCUCUAAAUAGAAAAGAUACAUACACCACACUGUUCAUGGCUGCACUAUUUACAAUAGCCACAACAUGGAAGCACCCUAAAUGUCCAUCGACAGACGAAUGGAUAAAGAAGAUAUGGUAUAUAUACACAGUGGAAUACUACUCAUCCAUAAAAAAGCAUGAUAUAAUGCCAUUUGCAGCAACAUGGAUGGACCUAGAGAUUAUCAUACUAAGUGAAAUAAGUCAGAUAAAGACAAAUAUAAUGUGAUAUCAUUUAUAUGUGAAAUCUAAAAACUAGCACAAAUGAACUUAUUUACAAAACAGAAACAGACUCAUAGACAUAGAAAACAAAUUUACAGUUAUCAAAGGGGAAAGAGGGUAGGUAUUAACAGAUGCAUACUACCAUAAAUAAAAUAAACAACAAGGUUUUACUGUAUAGCACAGGGAACUAUAUAUUCAAUAUCUUGUAAUAAACUAUAAUGGAAAAUAAUCGAAAAAAAGACUAUAUAUAUGUACAUAUAUAUGAAUAAUCAAAUCACUUUGCUGAAACUAACACAAUAUUGUAAAUCAACUAUGCCUCGUUUGAAAAAAAAGCUUCCAAGGUUUGUCAGAAUCAAAGAGAGGAAAUGUAAUACUUUUAUACUUGGCAGAGAUGGAUCAGAAAAGUUUCCACCAGAAGAGGCUUUUUUUCAUAAAUGCCCUUAAAAGACAAGCAGGAUUUAGGUAGGCAAAGCUAUUCUCAGUCUUUCACAGUCUCUAUUUCUAGCGUCUCUGUUCAUCUUGAAAGGUCACAUAGGAAGGCUGACCUAAGGUUACCAAUAAAUGGAAGAAGGCCACCAGGACUGUGUUAAGGGAGGGGAAAGGCAUGUGUUACCAGGAACUGAGCCAAAAGCAGAGCCCCUGGGCUUCCCUCUCCUACCCUCUCGCCCAUAUCAGCUCUGAUGGCUCGUGAUGUCCCACUCUCUGGAUAUGAACAAGAGGUUACGGGGUAGAACCUCUUCACUCUGGUUUGUUGUAAGAAUCACCUUGGAAGUAGUUUUUAAAAUACAGGUUUAUAAACCUAACCCUAGAGAUGCUAAGUCCAAAAGUUUGGAGUAGAGCCUAUGCAAAGUGUUUAGGAACUUCUUAAGGGAACUUUGGCUUCCAGUAGAAUGGCAGACUAGCUACUCUAAAAGGCCUCCCACAAGAAAACAAGUAGAUCCUGCAUAAAGCACAUUUUUUCAUUGCAUUGCUGGUUUACAAGAAAUAAGGGAAAUCUCCAAGAAGAAAACAAAAUGUGUCAGGCUGAAUAAUAACCCCUAAAAUGUCCGUGUCCUAAUCCAAGGAAUCUGUGGAUAUAUUACCUUAUAUGGCAAAAGGGACUUUGCAGAUGUGAUUAAAUUAAGGGUCUUGAGAUGAGGAUAUUGUUCUGGAUUAUCUAGGUAGGCUCACUGUAAUCACAAAAGUCCUUAUAAAGGUGAGGCAAGAGGGCUAAAGUCAGUAAAAGGAGAUGUGAUCAUGGCCUCAGGGGUUGGAGUGAUAUGUCACAAGCCAAGGAAUGCCCAUGACCUCUGGAAGCUAGAAUAAGUAAGGAAACAAGUUUUCCCCUAGAGUCUCCAGUUGCUCUUUCAACACCUUGAUUUUAGACUUGUGAGAUUCAAGGAUGCAAGGGAAUCAAUUUGUGUUGUGUUUUUUUUUUUUUUUUGGUGGUAUGCGGGCCUCCCUCCGCUGCGGCCUCUCCCGUUGCGGAGCACAGGCUCCGGACGCACAGGCUCAGCGGCCACGGCUCACGGGCCCAGCCACUCUGCGGCAUGUGGGAUCCUCCCAGACCGGGGCGCGAACCCGAUUCCCCUGCAUCGGCAGGCGGACGCGCAACCACUGCGCCACCAGGGAAGCCCCAAUUUGUGUUGUUUUAAGCCAUUAAGUUUGUGAUAAUUUGUUACAGCAGCAAUAGGAAACUAAUACACAAAACAAAAAACCCAGAACUAGAGCCAGGAGAGUAAAAGGUAAGGCUGUCCUUCUGAGGACAAAGUGAUUUUAUACCUGUCCCUCACUGACCUUUAUGUAUAAAGGCCAAAGACAAAUAGCAAAGAACUUGCAAGGAUACAGGGGAUAGUGUUCCCACAGUCCCUUCAUGGGGACGCUACUAGAGAAUGAGCUUCACAAACAAACACACAAAAACCAGAAUUAUAAAAGCAUUUGCCAUAGAAUAUGAUACAGAGCAUUUCUACAUGUUUACUGUAGACUAUGACUAAAUAACGGGGAUAAAGAUGACAGAAUAACAUUUCACAUUAUAUGCUCUAAAUAUAAAUAUAAUACACUAACAAAAAUGAAGCAGAAGGAGAAAGUGUAUGGAAAAUAGAGUAACUCCACUGAUUGUCUUAUGUAAAUAUACAAUUUUAAGUAAAACCUGGGAGUAAAAGGAUAUCACUUCAAAUUAGAUAUUGAGGAAAAAAGAAGAUGGGGAGAGUGAAAAAGUUUUCAGCAAAUUACAUUAUUACUUAGAGUAGGAGAUGAAUAGACAGUAUAUUUAAAAAGGAAGGGGAUACAUAUUACAUGAAGAUGUUACUAUAAAGGUAACAUUAGAAUGAAAAUACAAACGCUUCUCAACAUCAAAAUAGAUUCCAGGAAAAAAAAAAAGCAAAUACAAUGACAACAUAGUGAAUGUUAUUUAUGUACAAGAUAUAUAUUUGCAUAAAUGUGACACAAAAGAGUGUGGCAGACUGAGGUCAAACAUACAAUUUAUAAUAAUAAUGUAAAAGGCUUAAUUCACUAUUGAAAGAACAAGUUUUCAUACUGGGUCUAUGUAAGUCUAUGCUCUUUACAAGAGACAUUCAAAUCCAAGAGAUGCAGAAAAUUAUUUUAAAAGGGGUGAGUGGGUAAAUAAAAAUCAGGAAACUGCAGAUUAAAACAAAAUUUAAAAAGCAGGGUCAUUAUCUUGAUUCCUGACAAGACAGAAUUUGUCAAAAAGCAUUAAAUAAGACCAAGAAGGAAACUUUAAAAUGUCAAAGGUUAUAAUUUCAUAAUGAAAAUAUAACAAUUUUUAGUAUCUAUACUUUCAAUAAUGUAGCACAAGUCUCAUACAAGCAGGAACUACAGUAGGUACAAGGACAAAUUAAAAAAAAAAAAAGAAAUAAUGGGGUAAAGGGUACUUUUAGAGUAGAGACAAAUUAAACACAAAUAUUAAAAUAUAACUCUUUAUAUAUAUACUAACCCAACAAUAAAAAUAUACCUUCUACACAUGAAAUAUUUAAUAUUAAGCCACAAAGAAACCCUCAAUACAUUAUUCAACAACAGAAAUAAUACAAAUCGCAUUCUUGCUGGCACAUAUAGUAUCAAUGAAUGUUGCCAGGUCGCUGUUGUUUUUGUUGCUGUUGUUGAAAAUUAACAACAGACACACACCCUAUUAAACAAUUUUUGGAUAAAAGGAGAUGAAUACAAAAUGAAAUUACAGAACUUUUAGAAAAUAAUGACAAAUGAGAUACCUAACUAUAGAACACAACUGCAUGAAUGCUCCAAGGAAAAUUCAGAGCCUUAACUACAUGUGAAUAAAAAUUAAAAUAAAUGAAUUAAAAAUGUACCAAUUGAAAAGCUAGAAAAAUACCAAUGAAGGAAAAAAUAUAUAUAUGUAUGAAUUUUAAAAGGUACAAGAAGAAAUUGAUGGCUAAGAAAGUAGGAAGGUAGUACAAUAAGUAAAUAAUAAGAAAAUAGGGCUUCCCUGGUGGCGCAGUGGUUGCGCGUCCGCCUGCCGAUGCAGGGCAACCGGGUUCGCGCCCCGGUCUGGGAGGAUCCCACAUGCCGCGGAGCGGCUGGGCCCGUGAGCCAUGGCCGCUGAGCCUGCGCGUCCGGAGCCUGUGCUCCGCAACGGGAGAGGCCACAGCAGAGGGAGGCCCGCAUACCACAAAAAAAAGAAGAAGAAGAAAAUAAAUAACCUAUUUCUUUGAAUAAACUAGGUAGAAAGCAACUAAACAGCCUAAUUUUUAAAAAGGUAAAAAAGGUACAGGUGAGAAAGCACAACUAUACAAAAUAAGAAAUAACAAUGGGCAAAAUAUAUAAACAGAUAGUUGACAGAAGAAAUGCAAAUGAUCCUUAAAUAUAUAAAAAGAUGCUAAAGCUUGUUCAUACUAAUAAAAACACAAUUAAAACUAUAUCGAGAUACCAUUCCUCACCGUCAGCUUGGCAAAAUUCUAAGAGAAUAGACUUGAGACCAGACUUUCUGAGAAUAGACUUCGUUGACAAGGCUGUGUUAAAGAGGUACUACCACAUUUUUCUGAUGAGAGUGCAAAAUGACACAGCCUCAAUGGAGGGAAUUUGGCAAAAUUCAUCGUUAUUACAUCUGCCUGUUUUGCUCUUGCUGUUUUCCCGGACCUGAAGUAGAUCUUGGCAGAUAAUAGCGUUCAAGAAUUAUUUGUUGAAAAAAAUGGAAUGACUUCACCUUUUUUUCCCACAUACAUUAGUUAAUAUAAUCUCUAUGCAGACCUGUGACUAUGGAAAGGCAGCUAUAAUCAAGCUCAUAUCGAAUAAGAAAAUGGAGUUUCUUUAGCACUGCCAAAGUCACGCAGUUAGAAAAUGGCAGAGGUAGGACUAAACUCAGAUCUUUUGGCUAUAAACUCAGUGACUGAUCACGCCUCACAGAGAAAAAAGGACACAGGUAUGUGUGAGGAUCUAUCCAAAGGGGCUGGGAAGGAGUCACACAGAGUGGCCCUUCCAGGUCCACCUCCAGCCCCAAAAGGGGAUUCAGGCCAUGAAAGCAUGGAGCCCACUGACGCCUCGGAAUAGACCCUACUCUGGAUCCACGUUCUCAGGGAGCUUCCAGGAAGAGGAAGGGGGCUAUACUGGAACAGUCAGGGGAAAUAUGAAGACAUAUGUGGUUCUGAAAGAGAAGUCAAGCAACCAUGAGUCAUGGAGAGGAAAGAGCAGGCAGCCCUUCCCUUCUAACCCUCCCUAUACCUUGCUGGAUGGAUCUGGAAGCUACCAUGAGAUUCCCCAUCCCCCAAAUUUUAGUUAUAAAUGAAUAGGAAUUCCUUAUAAAUAUUAAACAUUGGAAUGGAUCAAAUCAGAGACACAUUCAUGGUCAACCUUAAAAAGAAAUAAAAGGGCUUCCCUGGUGGCGCAGUGGUUGAGGGUCCGCCUGCCGAUGCAGGGGACACGGGUUCGUGCCCCGGUCCGGGAAGAUCCCACAUGCCGCGGAGCGGCUGGGCCCGUGAGCCAUGGCCGCUGAGCCUGCGCGUCCGGAGCCUGUGCUCUGCAACGGGAGAGGCCACAACCGUGAGAGGCC